AUGAACUCAACAUUCGACCCUGCCAACUGCACAUACGCCACCUGCUCCGUCCAGGAUUACGGCCAGUUGCGAUACAUCCCCUCGCUCGCCGGAAACGCUUUCUACCUGGCUGUCUUCUGCCUCGCGUGCCUCUUACAGAUCUAUUUGGGUCUUCGAUACCGUACAUGGGGCUUCAUGUUCGGCAUGCUGGGCGGCAUCGGCCUGGAGAUAAUGGGAUACGUGUCUCGAAUCCAACUACACUACGACGACUUCAACAACACCUACUUCAUCAUCUACCUGGUCGGACUGACGAUCGGUCCGGCAUUUUUUUCGGGUGCCAUCUACAUCUGCCUAGCCCGGAUCAUCGCCGUCUACGGUUUGGGAGUGAGUCUCCUCAGCCCGCGGGCCAUCACUGUCGUCUUUGUCGGAUGCGACUUUGUGUCGCUGGUUCUCCAGGCUGCCGGGGGUGCCUUGGCCUCGUUGGACAUCUCACCCGGGCUAGAACAGACCGGGAUCAACCUGAUGAUUGCGGGGCUUGCCAGCCAAGUGGCAUCCACCACUGUCUUCUGCGGGCUGUGUCUCCAGAUUGUGUUCUCCAUCCACAAACGAGCGGGCCUGGUCAACCGCAACAGCGCCGCGCUUCGAAGAAAACUCGCAUUCAAGCUUUUCUUAUCUGCAAUCGCGAUCUCAACCGUCGCGAUCCUCAUCCGAUGUUCCUUCCGGGUGGCCGAGCUGAGCCACGGCUUCGGAAGCGCCAUCGCAAACGACGAAACCAAAUUCAUGGUCCUCGACGGUGCAAUGAUGGCUCUGGCAGUCCUGGCCCUCUCGGUCGGGCACCCUGGCCCUGCCCUCGGCGAAGUCAUGUGGGCGCAAGGCGGAUUCAAGUUGCUGCCGCGCUCUAAGAGGCCCAAGAAGACGCGGCAGAUCGCAUACGGCCUGUCCGAGACGAUGUCGCCAGUCGGAUUUUCUCUGAGAGAGAUCCCGAAGUGA